GAGCGACGGCUGUAACUCAUAAAAGAGCGCACCGCGCGGCGGGAGCUGCUGCAAUCUUCCAGUUGCGCGAGGCUGCUUGUGGAGAGGCGGCAAAGGUCCCAGAAUGGCUCAGCAAUUCGUCAACAGCAAGCUGAAAGCUGAUAAGGUAGUUGUAUUCGGCAAGUCGAGCUGUCCUUACUGCCACGACGCUGUCAAGCUCCUGGAAGGACUUCAUCUCAAGCCUGGGCACUUCGAGUAUGUGGAUCUCACCACCCGAAGCGACAUGUCUGCUAUCCAGGACUAUCUUUUGGAGAUAACGGGGGCCAGAACAGUGAGUUUCCUUUCAAUAAUCCUAAUUCUUGCGCGCGAGGGAGAAGGAAAGCAAUAUCCCCCCCCCCUGCUUUCUAGCCGUGCAUUUCUCUUUAGAUCCCUCCACCCUACCGUAGGAAGAGGCUCCCCCCCCGCAACCAUGACUGGAAAAAGCUCUCCAACUUGUGGACAGCGCUGGAAGUCUUUUUAGGCAUGGCUCAGGAAAUGACCCCGCCUUGAGCGCCUGCAGCAAAGUUCUGAGCAAAGGUUCUGAGCUCUCAAUGGAUCUCUGGGGCUACUUUGUGCGGAAACGAGCGUCUGUCUUUGGAUACCGUUGCGCUCAGUGCUGCUGCGAUGUAAUGACGAGAGGAUUGCGGGAAUCUUGCGUUAACGCCCAUCCAUCCCCACCUGAGUCACUUUCUGUGAGAAGCAGGAUACUGGACUGUAGAGACUUUUGGUCUGGUCCAUAGGGCGUUUUGUGUUUGCUACCUACCUCACAGGGUUGUUGUGUGAAUACAGUGGGGUGGGGGGGAAUUGUGUGCUCUGCCUUAAGCGCCAUCUGGGGGUGAGGAUAGGAUAGAAACAAAACUGCAUAGCGGAGGUGGCCUUUAUAACUUAAGGGCCACUUCUGCUACCCAGCUUUGCAAAGAUCUCUGUUCUUCCAGGGCAGCUCAGGACCACGUUGCCCUUCAUAUGCUCUUGUGAGGUAUUUUUUUGCUUGUAGCCCACCUGAAAUCAGGGGGUGAGCUACAGUGGGAGGUGCUGAGAGUUGUUAGGAAACCCCUGUUCCCCUCACAGAGAUGCAACUCUGUAAUUUAACAACCAAUCCCUCUUCCCCGGGAACUCUAGAAACUGUUAACUCUAUGAGAACAGGUGUCUCCCAAAAAUUAUCAACAGCCUUAAAAAACUAUGGUUUCCAGGAUUCUUGCGGAGAAGCCAUCACUGUUCAAUAGAGGUUUCAAACCACUUUAAAUGUGUAGUGCAGAAGGGUUCAAAGUCAUGCUCAUUUAGGCUAUGGUGGGAUUAGCAAGCUAACACACCAUCCUGCUCUACUUUUUUCCAUUGUGGGAUUUAACAGAGUCCAACCAGCCCUUUAAAAAAAAAGACAUGUAGGCACAUGUAAACUGCUUUGUUUUCUUACAAUCAAGCAGUAUAUAUAAAUGGUGGUGGUGGUGAUGAGAGCAAGUGUCACAUGAGAUGUGAUGGGUAAGAUAAAUCAUUCUUGACACUCACAGCAAGAAUGUGCAUCUUCUGGAACAGUUUCCAGAAUUCUUCUAUAGGUGAGAAAGAUUUUUGUAAGACACAAUGUAAGUCUUUUGAAACAUAACUAUUAAGAAGCGGGUCUUUUGAAACGUUGUACCUAGUAAGACGUGAGUCUUUUGAAACAUAUCUAGUAAGGUGUGAAUCUUUUGAAAUAUAUUGUAACUAGUGUACACAGAAAUUGAAAUAUUUCAGUAUUUUAAGCACUGUACUUAAAACCAAUCCCUCCAGGGGUGGACCAGACUAGCAGCCUGAUAGAUCACUCCUGUAAAACCUUGUACUAUUUCCAAAAGAACAUGUGGCAACUAUAAUGUAAGUUAAGCCAUAACCAGCUCAUUCUCAUGUUGUAAUAGAGAAGCCAUAAGGUCUGCCUUCCUGUGCCACUUCUUCCCUUUGUGAAACUUAACGCAACUUCUUCCUUCAAACUUUUCAAGAUGAGCAACAUGCCUGGAGCAGGGACGCUUUAGGGAAUUCAGAUUUCUUAACAGGGCAGGGUGUUGGGCAAGGGAGGUAAAUCCCUUUUGGAAUUCUCAAUUAGUCAGACUUCCAUUUAGUUAUGCACUGCAGGGCGAAGAGUCUGUGAGUUUUGUGUUCAGGCUAUACCCUUGCGUAUAUGAAGCUGGCUUCUCUGACCACAGGUUUUCAGAAUUUCUACUUCAGCGGCUCUCCUUUUGUUACUGGAGUCCAUCUCCCAUCAUCCCUGACCAUCAGCUAGGCUGGCUAGACCUGAUGGGAAUUUAGACUCCCAACAGCUUCUUGGAGCCACCCCAGUUGUAAAUGAGGCGCAUGGUGUCUCAACCAUGAUGAUAAUUGGCACAGUCCGUUGGUGGGUUGCCAACAUUUCUGCUGGCCCUGCCCUUGUCUCUUGAAUGGCUGCCUAUAAUGCAUAAAGUUAAUGGGCAGCCCUUCUGUUUCCCCUUUCCGAGCUGGAUGUAAAACAAAGGAACAGCUGCACGUAACUGCAUGUCAUAAUAACUCUAUACAAAUCUGUGGGGCAACAGGGUAUACUGUGUACAGUCUUGAUUGCCUCGUCAAAAAAAAGGGGGAGAUGCUGUAGAAAUGGAGAAAGGUUCAAAGAUAGAGGAACCCAAAUGUAGAGCAACAUCACCAUGAGGAAAGGUUACAAGCUUUGGGGGGCUUUUAGCUUAGAAAAAAAAGUUUAUCUCCUUCUCUCUGGGGUCAUCCAGUGGAGAUGAAUCUUGGAAGAUUCAGGACAGACAACUGGGUGCACUACUUCACAUAGUGCAUAACUGGAAUUGGCUACCAACUCCAACUUGAAUUGCUUUAAAAGGGGAUUAGAUAAAUUUAUAGAUAGAGUUUUUGGUGGCUAUCAUUCAGGAUGGGGUAUAUAUUACCUCUAUGGGACUUCCCAUAGGUGGGCCACUAUGGCAGAAUAAUCCUGAAGGACCUUUCUUCUGCUUUCAGAGGUUUCUUCUUGGAGAGCCAGUAGAAGCCAAAUCCCCUGGGAAUUCCCUGUUUGCAAGUCCCACUGAAAUGAACAGAACCUGUAUAGAAGUAUGGUUGGGUGGUUGCCCAUCCCAUUCACCUCAAUGGGAUUUGCACCACAGAACUUCAGAAGGAACGAGGGACUGUGCCUGUUGUAUGGGGGGACCUAUAUCUAAUUAAACUUAACAUUAUUGCACUGAGAACAGCACCUCUGAUUAAAAUCCACAGCUUAAUGCCGCAAAACAGGGCUUCAUGUGAGGAGCUUCGUACUGUGCUGGUGAGCAUCAGAUAAGAGAUGUUGAGUAAAACCUCCUGAUACAUUAGCUUCAGGCCAAGAAUGACGGCAGGCACAUGUCACUGGUCUUCAAAUGUUCUGGAUAGGGGCCUUCUGAGAGUUACUGCAAGCUGCAACAAGAAUCCUUAGUGCUAAGAAGGCACUUCCUCCUUGGCAAAAGCAAGUUAUGCAAAUCUAGGCGAUGAAGUCCAAGGCCUAUGGCACAGUGACCUUUGCAUGGGAGGGUAAAUCACACCUGCUCCUGAUGGAAAUUUGUCAUGUGCAAAUUUCCUGUUACCUGAGAUUCAGCUGCAAUAGUUUUUGUUACAACAGUCUUUUCUGCAUCCUGAAGAGAUGAGCUGCCUCUAGUAUUGCUUGCCCUGAAAUUUACAGCAUAACACACAGCAAGAGCGUGUCUUUAUGGCCUGCAAGAUACAGAUGUGACCUUGCGGGAUUUUGGCCCUGCUGUUGUGUUCCGUUUGCUUGCCACUCUAUCCCAUGGUUCACAACACGGAAGAGAAGCAGAUUGAAGGAAUUAUUGGAACAGGUGCCAUCACUGUAUACCGUCUUGGGAACUUCCGGCACCUUAAGUGAGGGGAAAGAGUCUUCAGAUUUGUACCUGGAAAUCCUGUUCACUCCAGGAGUGAGGAAGGUCUGAUCCACAGGCUUAAUUAGGCCUGGCAUGGGUCUCAAUUUACCCUGGGAGGCUGUAUUUUUUUUCUUCUCCCCACGCCAACUUGCUGCACGCAGGGGCGUUCUGAGAGGGGGGCGGGGGGGCGCACUGGGUACCAUUCCAAAGGAAGGAUGACAAAAGGCACCCCCCAGGAUGCGCACCGCACCCCCUGGAACAAGCGCCGCUCCAGGUACUGGAUCAGGUUGCUUCACCACUAGCUGCAUGCACCUGACAUCACAUACAGUGUCAGGUGAGGGGCAGGUGGGGGUGUGGCUGCCAAUGCCCAGUUGGGAACCUUAAAACGCACUCCUGAUUGUGCAUUGGCAAGGGAGGCAUGUUGUCACUGUGAGUCAGCUGACUGAGAGUGAGAGCGAACCAGCUGACAACGACUGCCUUACGGAGUUCUCCAUAGGGAACGCAGGAGAAAAGCAGAACUUCAAGUAAGUGCCUGUCAGCCUCUCAGACCUUGCGCUUCAAGGUCUCUGGGAUCAGCUGUUUGGGAGCUCCAUGAGGAACUCUGUAGCCAGCCAGGACUUUCAAAGAGCCUUUUUCUGCACCUUGAACUCUGACUAUCAGCUACCUGGCACUUCAAAGCACCACACAGGCUUCUAUGUAAGCCGGUACUAUUGUCAGUACUUCAAAGCACCCCAUCACCAAAUGUCAUUGUGACAUCGGGUGAUUGGCAGAUGUCUGGCCACACCCAACUGUCAAAUUUCACCCAUAAAGGUAGGGGAGAUAAGGAUCAGGUAUGCUGGCCGGAUCCAGUUCUCCAGCCCUGCACUACCCUUAUUCCCCUAACUUAGCAGUCAAGCUGCCACCUCUCUCUCUCUCUCUCACCGUUUAUCUUUUGCUGUCAUUCUUAUAGCUCUGUUUUAAGCUCCUGCCUCCCUAGGAGACUAUGCUCCUAAAAUCCGUUUUUCUUUGCUGAGUAAUCCUAACUAACAACUUUAACCACUUCUUCUAGGUCCCUCGCGUCUUUAUUGGAGAAAAGUGUAUAGGUGGUUUUACAGACCUGGACACUCUAUAUAGGAGUGGAGAACUUAAAUCCAUUUUGCAGAAGAUUGGAGCCUUGUGAAGGUAAGUGUUUGGAUAUGCUAUCCAGCCAACUUGAGAAUGAGGAAGAAAUGCAGAUGCAGCCCUGUGUGCCAAACUAUGUGUUAUAUUCAGUACGUAAGAGCAGUACAUCUAGUGUUUCGUUUUGCUUAAUGCUAAGUGAUCUGUGGCAGCGUUCAAAAUUCACCAGCUAUUGGCCACUUGUGACCAAACGAAGACAACCAGGAUAACGCCUGACAUCUCCAAGAUCUGGAGGAGCCUGCCUGGAGGUCCUUGGAUCUUGCCUGUUUUCACAGACUAACAACAACAUAUCCUUUAUAAUUCUAUCCAUGGUAUUUUAUCUGCACCAUCAGAACGAAUUUAAGGAACCAAAACGUUCUAUUGAAAAAGACAGCCUUCAGAGCCGUCUGGCCCCCAAAUGGCGACUAGACAUUCUGUUUUGGCGACUGUAACCCUGGUUUAAGGAGCCAUUUGGUGCCUAGCUUAUAUAUAUCUGAGUUUCUAACACUGGGGUGGGUGGAAUUGUAUUAGGUAGCACAUAGGGAGAGGAGGUUUCAACCUUCCCUCCCUUGCUGCAAUUGCAUCCGCAUAUAACCAUUAGCCAUAGCUGGGUGCUUUUUAAUAAAGCAAGUGGCUGUGACAGGAAGAGACUCUGGUCAUGAUCCUGGUGGUGGAAUUUCCCCAUGCAUUGUGGUACCCAUUACAAUUCCCUCAUGCUUCAUAUUAAUAAAAAUUUGUAGCUGCAUGCUUUGCAUAGCAUGUUGUUUGACUCCAAUAAAAGUAAUGUUGUUGUUGGCCGUGCUGGCUGGAGUUGUAGUAAAAACAACAACAACCCACAAACAAACAAAAACAUCAGGAGGGCACCAGGUUGGGGAAGAUGAGCAUAGCUCAAGUAGUUGCCAGUGCAACUCCUUGCACACAAAGCAGAAACAUGUGACUGGCUGCUCCCACAAACAGCAUAAAGGCUUCCUGAUCUGCACAGAGGUUUAUUUUGAGAAAAGCUUGCUCCAAAAGUAUUUUUAAAAUGUACAGAGGAAUCUUGCUGCAGGAAUGAGGAGGCAACUUUAAAAUGGCAAGAACGUAUGUUGGCAUCUCAUGCUGCAUCAGAUGAAGAGAAACGAGGCUUGCCAGCAUCUUGCUUGCAGCUAGAUAUUGUAGGGCGGCCGAUUUCCUGAAUUGUAUUAGUUGAAAAGAGGCAUACCAGAGGCGGGGGGGGGGGGGGGGGAGAUACUUUUUCUAGGCCAAGCACACAGCUCUUCCGAAGGCCUGUUGUUUAGUCGUUUAGUCGUGUCCGACUCUUCGUGACCCCAUGGACCAGAGCACGCCAGGCACUUCUGUCCUCCACUGCCUCCCUCAGUUUGGCCAAAAUAGUAGGGUUGGAAACAUGCAGGGGUUUGCAAAUGCCUGAUCUCUGCAAAUGAACAGCUGCUUCACAGGUCAGUUGCCCUUGGCCUUCUGUCUGGGAGCCUGGCUUGGAACGCUGGAAGCAACAGCUGGAGAAAGGAGCUUUUCAAUAUGUUCUGCAGAGCCUGUUAACCUUUCUCAUUCCCACAGAGCAGUGACUUCACCCUAUAAGUCAGCUAGAGGUAGCUUAUGCUAACCCUGUGCCGCAGAAUAAGUGCCAGUCCUUGCCAACUGUUGUCAUUGCCUCAGUUCAAGUUGCACUUACAUCCACGCCAUAUUAUUAAAGCAACAGCUUUUCCCAAAGAUUCCUGGGCCUUGUAGUUUACCCUUCACAGAGAUACAGUUCCCCAGUACCGUUAACAAACUACAUUUCCCAGGAUACUUUGCUGGAAGCAAUGUGCUUUAAGUGCAUGGUGUGGUUGUAACCUUUAAGCCUCUGCUUUUAACAGAGGGGCAUCACUCACUGGAGGAGGCAAUAGGAAGUGCAACUACUAAAAUUGCUAACUGUGCAAAGAAGUGAGAGCCUUAUAAUGGUGUGCAACCAUCUCGGUACACUUUUGCACCAACAGAGAGAGUGCAGAAAACAUAGUUUGGAUAGGUUUGCACAGUCCAGGGCAGUUAUUGGUCACUUAAUAUUCUUUUUUCAACUAUAGUGGUACCUCGGUUUUUGAAUGUAAUCCGUUCCAGAAGACCGUUCGAGUUCCGAAACAUUCAAAAACCAAAAACUAAAUAGCCAAUAGCUUGGCCCCAGGAUCUUGCACUCAGCAGAAGCUGCAUGGCAUGUUCGACUUCUGAGGUGUGUUCGAAAACUCAGGCAUUUACUUCUGGGUUUACAGCGUUCAAAAACCGAAAUGUUCAUCAAUGGAGACGUUCAAAAACCGAGGUACCACUGUAUUGCAUAUGCAGUAUAAUCGUCUCAGUGGUGAUGGGUUUCUUUUUUGAAACCAAGCUUUCUCCCAAAGUACUGUUCAAGAUCUUCAUAGCUGCCAAAUGUCAUUUCAUGGAAACCUUCCAGUGUUCAUAAUGUGUCCCUUUUUUUUAAUUUUCAGAGCAGCAAUGGACUGGAGGACAGCACUACCUCAUGCUACUGCACUAUCUUCUGGAAAUGAAAUCGCAGCUGCCUGCCUCUCGCUUUAUCCUGCAUCUACUAUGUUGCUUAUGGUGCGUUUCAAUGUAGAGUAAUGAUGGCCGAAGGCUUUGGUCACUGUCUGGUUUUGCUGAGCACGUGGCUGUAACUUCUGGCACGUUUUAGUAUGCACCAUCUCUGCUAGUUUACAUGGGGACGGUCAGAACCUGAUGCAGUGGAAUAAAAUGCUUGUACUAAGAAGGAGUUUUAUUAUAUAAUUUAUAUGCAUAUAUACACUGGUAGCAAUCUUCAUUCUCCAAGAGCUGGUCCUUGCCUAGCCCAGACAGCACUAUCCAUGCACAUAGGGGAGGCAUCAGUGGUCUUGAGAGAACCACAAAGUUUGCAGAUUGGGGGGGGGCACUCUUAAAGGGAGCCACAGAAAACAUCCCAGGGAGGUUUGAGCAUGCUGCAUGAGGCACAGAACUCAAGAUAAUUUGUGGAGAGUAGGAAUGAAAAACCACCAGGAGAGGGAAUGCAAUGUCUGGGGUUCUGAGUAUAUUCUGAGAAUAUACUGCACCAUUUUGUUGUAGGUCGUACUUCUCCUUCUCAUACAACCAAUAUCAUUAGCUUUGUUCACUUCCUUCCAACAUGGGUGAGUCCAUACAUUGACACCUGGCUUUUUCCACCUUGUAGAAAUUUGGUUCCAUUUAUCUGCGUCCUGCCCUCCUUCAAUCACUUCUCAAAGUUAGCUGGUCCUUCUUCAGGCUGAGAAUAACAGAGCCCUUUGUAUCUGCCCAUCCUCAUACAUUAUUGGGCAGUCCAUCAUAAAAGGGUACAAGGCAGGGUAUCUCCCUCUCAGUCAUCAAUCCCAGCCUCAAAAUUAGGACCAUUCUUAUUUGCUACAGCUGCAUCCUAAAGCACCCUUUUGGGACUCUUGUCUCCUGUGCAUUUGGGCAUUGUGGGGCAUUAGUCAGCAUAUUUCAAUUUUUACGACUCUCCAUUCUUCCUUCUAGUGAGCCCUAGAUUGUUAGGCCUCUGGGCAGGGGAUCUGUACAAUGCCUGCCCACAAAAGUUAAUGUUUAGAUUUAGUAGUACUUAAUGGCAAAGCACUUAGCAGCUGUUCUCUUGACCUUCACAAUUUCUUUCUGGGGGGAAAGUUUCGUCUCUGUAUACAAUACGCUGGUGGAAUUUAGAGGAUGCAGUCACUUAACUCCAUGCCACCCAGGAAUGCAACAGCAGAGAAGGAACUUAAAUCCUGUGCUUUUAAGGGCUGUGAUCAGUCAACUUGUUGCCUCCUAUGCUUUGUACAGGGGUAGCACUGUCCAGCAAGGUGAUGAGUUCGAUGUCAGAAUAUUUCCCUGUAUUUGAGAACAACAGCACCCUCAAACUGAUAUGCCACUAAUUCCCCACACAGCUAAUUUUCCUACAGAACGGGUGGCACUGUGGUCUAAAUCACUGAACCUCUUGGGAUUGCCAAUCAGAAGGUUGGUGGUUCAAAUCCACGUGAUGGGGUGAGCUCCUGUUGCUCUGUCCCAGCUUCUUCCAACCUAGCAGUUUGAAAGCAAGCCAGCACAAGUAGAUAAAUAGGUACAGCUGUGGUGGGAAGGUAAAGAGUGUUUCUGUGUGCUCUGGUUUCUGACAGUGUCCCAUUCCACCAGAAGCAGUUUGGUCAUGCUGGCCACAUGUCCCGGAAAGCUGUCUGCGGACAAACGCCGGCUCCCUCAGCCUGAAGCGAGAUGAACGCCACACCCCAUAGUCACCUUUGACUGGACUUAACCGUCCAGGGGGCAUUUAUCUUACCUUUACUUCUGCUAUGGUAAUUUGAGAGUACAAAUUGGUACAGGGGAGACUUGGAUUCCAGUCCCCACUGAGCUCACAGACUGAGCUUGGGCCAGUCACUGUGUCUUAGCCAACCCUUCAUCAACCUACCCAGAGAUGCCACAGAUUGAGCCUAGAACAUUCCACAGCCCUUCACCUGAGAUGCCUUUUGAUGCUAUUGUUGUAACUGACAAAGAACUGAGUGGGAAGACACAGGAUCCAUCCCUUGGGGCAUGUGCAUGGAUCCUGAGGAGCAUACACUGCCACCAAAGUCUAGCUCUGGAAUGCUCUACACAUGCUUUCCCAAAUAUAAGCCUACACUGGGACCUCACAGAAGCACUGGGCUCUUGCGCAUGUAUACCUUUGAGUCAUGCAUUGUUAAGUUAUUGGAAAGCGCUAGCAAAUUUCAGGUGCCUCUGAUGAAAGUGUGACACACCUUGGUGGAAAUCUAUUUUCUUGUCAGCCGUACAAAAUGCAAGGUGACUUAAUUUUUCCACCCAUGAAUGCCAUUGAAGUUUGUGCUUUGUUGUCAAAGGGAGAGGCCAUUAUUCUGCGAACGCUGCUAAGCUGUGCAAUUGCAGAUUAUUUUUUUUGAAGUUGCUGUCUUCAGGUACAAUUAUAUGUGUUUUAACAUAAUUGAAGCUCUUAUAUGUUAGUACAUAACAUAAUGGUUGUAUAAUAGCCUUUAGUAUGAACAAGGCUGUUUCGUUUCAUCUUGGGCCAUUUCCAUCUGGAGAACUAAAACAGGACUUUGAAGGCUGAUUGCUGUGUUAUGUUGCAAGUCAUUCUUGUGAUGAAAAUCAUAGAAAGAACCUACCUACAAACCAUAAGGUCCCAAGGCAGGUUACAACAUUUGAAACAGUUGAAAACCAUGAAACAGUUUGUAAAUUAUAAAAAAUGGGAAGUAAAACAAUUCUUGAUGCAGCAAGUAUACAUGAUUGGUCCCACAAAAAUACUUUAAACUGUCAAAUGUAUAGGUAUGUCUUUAGCACAGUGAAAACUGAAUAAUUAUGGUGUUCAGUGCACCUCUGCAGGGAGCAAGUUCUGCAACUUAGGGGCUGCCACUGAGAAGGCCCUCUCCUGCAUUGGCAUUGUCUCUACUUCUGAGGUUGGUGAAACUGCCAAUCUUAACACCCGAGAGGAUCUGUAGGAACGGAGGCGGUCUUUCAGAUAUUUGGGUCAUUUAUGACUUUAAACACCAAUGUGAGUGUGUGAAUUAGGCCCAGAAACAAACUGGCGACCAGUGCGGUCAUUUUAAAAUAAGGGUUAUAUGAAUUCUAAAUGGAAUCCCAGAUAGUCAUCAGGCUGCUGCAUUUUGGACCCUGGAAGUUUCUGAAAUGUCUUCAAGGGCAGCCCCAUGUAAAGCACAUUGCAGUAAUCCAAUCUGGAGGUUACUAGAGCAAGUACAGCAGGUGAGGCUAUCCAUUUUGCUUUGGUUAAGACCUUAAUCCUUCUGAGGCAAGUGCAUUGUCUUGGAAGUUUUGUUUUAAUCCAGUGCACACUCCUAGUAUGCGGCACAAUGAAGUAUCAAUAUAAUACAAAUUUACUGUGGAAUAUGUUAGACUUCAUCUAGCAUGAAACUGAUUUUUUUUUCAUUUCUAAAGAUGAUCAAAUACACACUGAGUAUAGUUUGAACUAUAGCUAUUUAAUGGAUAAAUAAGCACAUGAGAUGAACACUUAGUAGAAACAUUUUAUUGAGUUAAAUAUUAAAUUUAAAAUCUUGUAAAUUUUAAGCACCAGCUAACGUGUGAAAUUAUUAUUACAUAUCCAACACAUGCCAUAAUAAAAUAAGUGUUUCUUUGAGCUACAAACACUCUCAUCCAUGUGACAAGACUACAACAAAGAUUCUUGUAUCUUAAGGUUGGCUCUCUAUACAUCUCCAUGCUGGCUUGACAUUAGCCCAUGUUCAUAAUUUCACUUUAAGAAAUUAUAACAGUCUGUUAUCAGAAAUUAUUAUUAUUUAAAUAAAAAUAGACAUCGAAGUAAUCCCUUCAGUGUAAACUCUCUUGAAUGCUACUUACAAUACCUGCUUAUUAAUUAAUAAUUGUAUAAUUAGAAAUGUGAAAUCUACUAGUUGUCUUCUAAAAUAGACUUACAUCAUUUCCCCCAUGAAACCAGUGUAGGAAACUUCAGAAAAGUUACAAGUUGCUAUCAUGUGUUUGCAGAUGGGAGGGCAGGAUUUGACUAUCGGAGCAGGGAUUAUGGUGCAAUGCAUGUGCCUGUAAGGGAAUCUGGAAGCUUUUCUGCCUUUUUGUGGUUCAUUCAGCAGAUCAAGCUACCCAGGAGUUUCUCGAUUUAUUUAUAUAUUAAAACCAAAUCAUGGCUUGCUAAUUUUCAAGCUAAACUAAUUCAUACAUGUUCAUACUAAUUCUAAACUGAUUCAACUAUGCAUUCUUCCUAAUCCAGCUAGGGCCGUACACCAUCUGCAUGAGCAUCGAGGAAGACAAACAGGUGCACCAUAUGUGGUUUCUAAUCCUAAAAAACCUAACUAGUUCCCCUCAGUUCCAGGAAGCUUCUUAAAUUGCUAUACUUGCCAUAUUACAGUAAUACUAGUGCUCUGUUUUUUCUCUCACACAGUUCUAUCCAAUUACUGCUGUAUACAGCGUUGCACCAUAGCAGGCCAGAAUUGGGCCUUAGGGGUGUAAAAUUUUUGAUUGCAGAAUGCACAUCUAUAGCAAACUCCUAUGUGUGGCUAUCCUCUUUCAGGUGAAGAAAUUGUUUACAAUAAAUCCUAAUUUUAAACAUGUUCAAGCCCAGGCAGAAUUCAAUUACUGAGUCACAUUAGUGGAAGUCCUACACAAAAGCCUUGCACAAUGGGGCUUUUCCUCUUUUCCUCCCUCCCACUCCAUGCCCCCCAAAUUUACUUGUGAGAACCCCUGGAGUAGCACACAGGGAAAGGAGGGGGGUACCAUUUUGUCUGGCAAGCCAAAAUGACAAAACUAUUGCCUUAGCACAAAAAUGAAUUCCUCCCAUUAUUCCCAAGGUUACUUGUCAACAUCACCGCAACAAAUUAUCAAAUCCGUUUGAGUUGCUGUGCUUGUUUGUAGUAUGCAAUGUUGUAUCUAAUGCAUGCAAGUACAGAGUGCAAGUAAGGAAUUACAACCUAUUUUGUGUGCUUGCAUACUUAGCAAAUCAUUAGACAUUUAGAAGGGAAACUGUCAUGCUUGCCCUGCUGACCUGCGGAAAAUGUAUUGCAAAAUGCAACAAGUGUAUGUGUGUUUUUUAAUUGGUCUCCAUAAAAACCACACUGCUGGAUAUUAGUUUCUAGUAAGAGAUCCACAAAUGCUUCAAUUUUUUAAAAAAGGUUAAAAACCUAAUAGAAAACACUAUUUACAAGGGCCACUGAAAUGCAUGUGGGCUGUAAGGGAGGAACGCUUGGUGUAAAUCUCAUCUGUGGUGACAUCAAAAGGAUCCUACACCUACAACAUGUUUGCGCAUGUGGAAGGUACAAUGUGGCAGCCUCUGGAUGUGCACACAGGUGUUGAGGAUAGGUGAGGAAAUACAGGUAUAUAUAUAGCCUCAUAUGCACUCAAAAGCAGACAAUAGUCUCAGCAGGGACAUGCCACUGAAAACCAAUGGGAGGCAGCUCCUGCUUUCCAGUAGGGCAUGCAGCCCUCUGGAUCCUGGCCAGUCCAGGCAUGCAGACUGGAUGCGGGGUGACUACAUGCAGGACAGGAGAAUCUUGCUGGGACAUCAUACGUCUGGAGAUGUGUAAAAAGGAAAAGCCAGGGCUUGUGAAUUAAACUUUGGUGACUGGGAGACUGGGGUGGCAGUCUGAACGCAAUAGCAUGCCUGGAUCCCCUGGAAUCUGCAAUGUCUAGCUCCAAAGUGGCCAAAGCCGAUCUGUCCAGCUGGCUCCUUUCUUCUCUCUGGCAGCCUCUGGGACAUCAAAGUAUAAGCAACAAGCCCUGGUCAGGGUUUUCAAAGACUACACCUGGCUGCGGAGUGUCACCUUGCAGAUUUCCAACCCUUGCAUUUUCAUGCCCUUGGCUAAGCUCCGAAUGCAAUGUACUUUGGAAAAGCCUUUCUGUCACAUGCCCCCUUUAGGGAGAAUUUUCCUGGAGAAGUUCAUGUGGACUGAAUUUGUCAUCUACUCAGGAAGAGCUGGCAAAAAUGCAGUAGCGUUACAUGGUUGCGACAAUGUUUUGGUUUUUCUCCACAUGGAAACACAUUUGUAGAGGAUAUAUACACACACCAGAAACAAUGUGGAAGAAUGCUUAUUACUUGAUCAUUUCUUUUGCAUUGCAGGAUAAUGACCAGCAAAUAAAUGGCACUGUUUUAGAUAUAUUAGUGAGGGGAAAACAUAAAUCAAUAUUUUCUAGAAAGGUAGUGAUGUAUUUUACACCAUAACAUAGGAAUUUAAUGAUGCUAAUAGGAAGUACAUUUUUUCUAAUUACCAGUGCAGAAACAUAAAACUCUAUGUUUUUACAAAAUUCUUAAAAGGCCCAAAAAUAAAUUACAGAAAUCCUUAACAGAGUAACUAGCAAACAAAAUUAGGUUCUACAGUUUCCAGACAAAGAGAACCUACAAACAUUUAAUGAAUUUGGAAUCUCCUUCAGACUCUUAAAAUCCCAAUCAUGGGCUGACAUGAUUUCCAGGCUCUAAAUAAGUCUAAACUCCACUAAAAACCUGAAAUAAUAUGACAUAAAUUGAUGUCUCUAUACAAGGAAAUUAGACCCAGCAGCAGAAUUGGGAAACAUCCUGGUUAAAUGCUUAUGCUUUUCUAAAUUUUGUUUCACAUGCUUUUAAAAAAAUACAGUAGUUAUUCAUUAGCAAGUGCAGUAUUAGAUCAUAGUUUCACAGCAUGUAAGCUCAGCAUUUGCUUUCAGUCUUGUGAAGAUUCCUGAAGCAAUUGAUUUUCUUCUCUUCAUAACUAAGGAUGGAUCAGCUUUCAGUUUACAUUACUACGCAAUGGCAUUUUCGAGAAUGAAUGUAGUUCCUGUACUCUGCAAGCUGUUUCAGGUACAUACUAGAAGGCCAUCUAUGCAUCUCGACAAAAUUGCGUUCUUCCACUAAAAUGAAAAAAAGGGAAAUGUAUUUAUCAGGUUAAAAGAUUGCUCUGUCCAGCGUGGUAUUUCUAAACAACGUCAUAAGCUUUUCCUCUCUAAGCUAAAAAUCUGUAAAGUUCUACCUUGUACCAGAUCUGAAUUGCAGUUUCAUAUGUUCUGCACUCAACUUGGGUUGGAAACAGACAGGGUAAAAAGAUUCUAACACACUACGGAUUUGAAAAUGAUAUGUGACCUACUUUCAUCUAACACCAUGUUUAAUGGACUUGGUAGAAAUGAAUUGUCAAUAUAUUUUGUUACUAUAGAAGAUAAACUGAAAUACAGGGAAAUGAUAAAAUUUGAGGGGAAGGGGGCACUGCCAAUCAGUGGGGUAUCACAGAUCCUUGCUAAAAGUUGAUAGAUCCUGCCCAGGAUCUUCUGAGGGCACAGCAGAAAAAGAGGACAAGAGAAUCCAUAAAGCUGUCCUAGCUUUUGCUUCCAAAGCUCUCUUAUAGAGGGAAGCUUUCUUUUACCCAUUGGUAAAAUGUUUUAGCCAUGACUACAUGUUAUUCUUCAGAGUGCCCUUCUUCCUUUCUCAAGAUACAAUACUAGUUAUGACAUCCCAAUAUAAUCUUGCUCUUUUUAAGGCUGCAGAGAAAAUGGAUGUACAUUCAAAAGGUGCUACUCUGUACAACUUUUAGAACCCAAAGGAUCAUAUUUUACAGUGCCUCGACCACCAAAUCCCUACUCAGAAGUUUUACUUAUGUGAUCUCCAAGCUCAUGAAUGGGGUCGCGCCAACUAGCCCUGCCCCCAAUAUCAUGCGCGCUAAUCCUGCCCAUUGAUGACUGCACAUACAAUGCAAAAACAUCUGCAGGGAUGCAGUCUUCACAGGUACUACUAUAAGCGCAAAGGCCUGCACACAAACUGGAACCCUGUGUAAUCUGGGUUCCAGAUGCUGUGGAAGUCUUUACACAUACAGCUAUUCCUGGUAUGAGAUACUGACUUACAGAACUUUUGGAUUUCACAUAAGAGUGUCAUAGGUGUUCCAGAUAAUUUUGUUUCUCAUGAAAAAUAAAGUGGUAUAAGGAGCUGGACUGUAAAGCAUUUCGAAAGCUAGCUAUUGUAAUUUGCUUUGCUUGGGUGUGGAAGCAGAUAGUGGACAACACAGGCCUCUUCCAAAUUUGGUUUCUAUCUUCCAUCUAGACCUGGGCCUCCUUCCUUCUCCUCCGGAUGCAAAACUUGGCACCUGAUAAUGAAGUGCAUAGAUUGAUUUUCCUCCAGACUCAAAGUUCUUGGAGGCUGUUCCAGGCUUUCCCUGCUGUACGAAUUCCUUGAAGGUUUUUCCCCUAUCAUUGGAUCCUUGCUGGAAGGGAAAUUUUUAUGAGUCUCAGCUUUCUCCUCCCACAAAUGCUACUCUCAGAAUUCUUUGCUACGUUUCCCUCAUCUUGGGAUGCUUGUUUGAGUAAAAUGAAGCUGGAACCACAAAUGUUUACAGUAUUACCCUUGAUAAUGUAACAAGUGAGUGGGGGGUAGGUUUGUAUGAACAAGUUAUGCACCAACCUCUAUUUUUCUUUACAUCUGUAAAUUUCUUGAAUUAAGUCGUCAUAAUUCCUCUUCAUAAUUUUGUGUCAUGUCCACAGUGUGGCAUAUCAACAAUUACAGAUAUGUUGUCCCCCUGAUGCAUUCAUGAAACUACCUGUUUGUCUGACAAAGCUCCAUCAAUUCCAUAGUAAAGUUGGAAUGGCAGAUUCUAGGUGAUUUAAAGGUUGGUGGGCAAGAUAUCAUCCUAUCACUGCUAAAAUAACAUCAGUGACAGUGUGCACUCAUGUUGAUAAUGAGCUGGAUCCAGACCUCAUCAUGCUUAGAGUACACCUUCUGAAAUCAAUGUGACUAUUCUAAGCAUGACUGAGUUGCUCCAAUCCACCCUAGCAUUAGUCCAAACAUCAACUUCUUUGUGGUUAGGAAGCAAACUGGUAAAUUACCCGAAAGGUCUUCAAAUUCAGGUUUUUGACUGAAGAUUAAGUAGUUAGAAGCAAUAAAAUGAAGCAGCCAGUUUGAAAGGCAAUCAGAGUUGUGAAACUGCAAGAAAUGGAAAUAAAAUACAGAGGUACUCGAAUAUUAUAGAAAAACACAUUUUGGCAAAAGCAUUAACUAAAAUGGGUAGACGUUUACCUAGAAAUGUCAUCUCUUUGCUGUGACUGGAACACCCAGUUACCCCAUCUAUGUGACACUAAUAGAAACUGCUUAUUACUCCAGUGUCCGCCUUUUAUACGCACACAUGCAUAUGCUUCAUUUUGCCUGUUGCAAUGAGCUGUAUCCAACUAUGUCCUACUCAAAGUAAACCCUGUGCUGUUAAUGGACCCAAGUUAGUUGUCUCUACUAAUUGUAAUAAUGAGUCUACUAUGAGUACAACUAACACUGGCCACAACCUAUAUAUACAUUCUUCCUGCACUUUACAGAAAUUACAACCUAUCCU